UUUCAAUGAAAAAAAGCAAGCAUUAUGCAUUUUUAAAGACGUAAUUUAUUUUUCAUUGGUUUCUGGUGAUUGGGAAAUUCCCUGACCUUGUGUUUGGGAAGGGGAAAAAAAUCAAAAAAGAAAAUGCAGGACACAGAGCGUGAGGUGAUGCUUGGAUAUGAUUAUUUAUUAAUUUCUUUGCUGUAACCUUUAAGUUGAUGGCUGGAGAUGAGCGCCGUUAAUAUAUCUGCUUUGAUUAUUUGCUGGAAGGCCAACACCCCAGUCUCCAUGGCGGUCAGUCACCAGCCCCUCCCCUUUUGCCAUGGCAACGGCUCUCGCCCUGUAGUGGAAACACCACACUGACAGAAAGCGCUGAAGAGCGUGGCAAAACAAAACACAGAUCUGAUGCGUGCCCUCAAGCCUCAACGGGCAAACGUCACACAACCGACAAAAAAUCUGAAUUCCACAGGAAAGACAUACCUCUGUAUCUACAAGAUAUUAUGAGCGAAACCCUGGCAGUGUGUUCGUUUGGAAACGCCACCUCUGCUGCCCUGCAUCAGCCUACUGAUGACUGCCCCAGAACGGACAGCGCAAGUAAACGCAGGAGCUCCUUUAAAGGGAGGCCAGAGGGGUGGAACAGGGAGCUGAAGAAAAGGAGAGAGAGCCCAGGAGAAGACUCGCCGAAUCACCGAAGCACAAAGCCCCCUCAUCUCCACGGAAACCAGUGGGAGGGGAAGAGCGAGAGAGGGGUGGAUGAGUGCAGCCAGAGAGAGAGCAGGAGCGGCGCUGGGGUAGUCAUGAGGCAGGGGAGCGAGGGAGCUCCGUCGAACCUGCUGCUCGCUGGUCCUCCCGCCGCCCACUGACAGGACAGGGAGGCCCCCGGCCCACACUUCCUCUCCACCUCACUGCUAUGCCUGCAGGCCGCCUGGACACGCCUACCGGACCCCACCCUGCUGCAACGCUGCCCUGAGUCCCGCCUUCCAAAUCUGGAUUAAAAAAAGAGAACACGCCCACCUUGUUCUGGCUCCUUCCAACGGUUUUGUUUUUGCCAAAGAGUCCUGCCCCAUCACCCUCCCCCUCCCUGCCCCUGGAGAAGGAAUCUAACCCAUCUUCCUCCCUUUUUCCUGUUUGGUUUGACCCCUUUGUAUCACCUCAUCACCCUCCUCCCCUCCCCCUCCCCCCGCCCCUUAGUACGUCCCUGCUCCUCCUCUGCCACCCAACAAAGGAUCAUGGGAUGCCGCCAAAGCUCUGAGGAGAAGGAAGCGGCUCGCCGCUCCCGUCGCAUCGACCGCCACCUUCGCUCGGAGAGCCAGCGUCAGCGGCGCGAGAUUAAGCUCCUCCUCCUGGGCACCAGCAACUCGGGCAAGAGCACCAUCGUCAAGCAAAUGAAGAUAAUCCACAGCGGGGGCUUCAACCUGGAGGCCUGCAAGGAGUACAAGCCCCUCAUCCUGUACAACGCCAUCGACUCGCUCACCCGUAUAAUCCGUGCCCUGGCCACCCUCAAGAUCGACUUCCACAACCCCGACCGGGCCUACGAUGCUGUCCAACUCUUCGCCCUAACAGGCCCCGCCGAGAGCAAGGGCGAGAUCACGCCGGAGCUCCUGGGCGUGAUGAAGCGCCUGUGGGCUGACUCGGGCGUGCAGGAGUGCUUCUGCCGCUCCAACGAGUACCACCUAGAGGACAACACGGCCUACUAUCUCAAUGACCUGGACCGCAUCUCGGCGGGCGAGUACAUCCCCACUGUGGAGGACAUCCUUCGGUCCAGGGACAUGACCACCGGCAUUGUGGAGAACAAAUUCACCUUCAAGGAGCUCACCUUCAAGAUGGUGGACGUGGGCGGACAGCGCUCCGAACGCAAGAAGUGGAUCCACUGCUUCGAGGGCGUCACCGCCAUCAUCUUCUGCGUGGAGCUCAGCGGGUAUGACCUCAAGCUCUAUGAGGACAACCAGACGAGCCGAAUGGCGGAGAGCCUACGUCUGUUCGACUCCAUCUGCAACAACAACUGGUUUGUCAACACCUCUCUCAUCCUCUUCCUCAACAAGAAGGACCUGCUGGCCGAGAAGAUCAAGCGCAUUCCGCUGACCGUCUGCUUUGCAGACUACAAGGGGCAGAACACCUACGAGGAGGCGGCCGUGUACAUCCAGCGCCAGUUCGAGGACCUGAACCGCAACAAGGAGACCAAGGAGAUCUACUCCCACUUCACCUGCGCCACGGACACCAGCAACAUUCAGUUUGUGUUCGACGCCGUCACGGACGUCAUCAUCCAGAACAAUCUCAAGUACAUCGGGCUGUGCUAGGGCCCGGAGUCUGGGUGUGGCGGGGCCCGCCCACACACCGCAAGCCACGCCCCUGGAGGUCAGACGGGAGGGACAGCUUUGUGAGCCAGGGAGGGGCUUAUCUGGGGGGAUUACAGAUGCAAACAGACUUAAUGAAAAAAAAUGUCUGGAAAAUAGCCUGGAGUUUGGAAUAAAUGUCUCUGCGCUGAAUAUACACACACACACACACACACACAACCCCACACACACACACACACUCACACACACACUUUUGUUAACAUGCAAAACCUUGGGAUUUGGGAUCAAAUGUCAGCCGCCGGUUUGAUGUAGAAACAUUGGGCCCAGCCCCCCUUCUUUAAUUAAAUCACUGGAUUUAACAAGUCCAUUCAUCCAUUUUUAAGUUUGUUUUUUUUUUUCUUCUUAGUCUAAUUUACCUGUUUCAAACCAUGCUGCUCUCAGAAAGGUUUUUCAAACUUAGGUCUACAGCUUUUUAUCUGCUGGUGAAUAACAUAAAUAACCAUACAGAGAGACAGCAGGAGGGAGUGGAGAGAGAGAGAAACUAAAUUCCUGGGAAAGAGGAUCUGACAGGGUUCCAUUCCCCAAACUGCCACAAACUGAAAUAAACUGAUGUCUGUGUGUGUGUGUGGCCGAUUUGGGUUGAUGGUAGAAAAGCUCUAAAGAUUAUUUUGUCCUUGGACAUUUUAUUUUUUAUUGUUGCUUUUAUUUUUACAAAAGUUGGAUGUGCAAAAUUGCCUUUUACUGCAAGUGUUUAUUUGACUGAGAGUAUUUUCCAUGCAGCUGAUGGCAGGUAUUAAGUUAUUCAUACUUUCUACUCACAUCCCAAGUUACAUACAAAAUAAAAAAGAAUUAAAAAUGACAAGAGUGCCAAUUUCAGUGUAAAUAAAAAAGCAUAAGUUCUUUUCAUUUUUUAUUGAGUGAGAGGAGAAUAAUGCAUGAUGUCAGGAUUUUUACCAUUAUUAUUCAGUUUUAGUUCCUAAGAAACGAAAUCUCCCAAAAAAUAUGGUAUCAAACAAACACUGUGUACGAUUGUACAGUUAUUGUCUGAAAGGUAUUUAUUGAAAACAAAUUAAUUAACAUAUGAAUAUGAUCUAUAUAGGAAUAUAAGGAAAAUGCUGGAUUGGCUUUGGAAGAAUUUACACAUUACACAGACUGUUUCAUGUAAUUCAAAGCAAGGACAUAGAUCUUGUUUCAACUUUGGGCGGGACAACAAACAGGAAAUAUGAAAUAGGAUUUUUUUGUGGGGGGUGGGAGAAUACUAACAGUGCCACCAAAUACAUGAUAAUAUGGGGGGGGGGGGGGGGGGGGAGAUUUGACGUCAUCCCAAAGUUGGGGGAUACGUGUCCCCCCUGUCCCCCCGAGAUCUAGGUCCAUGAUUCAGAGCGUUCAGGGGCGAGGCAACACAGAAAAGCACCAUGAUGACAGGGCAGCGGAAGGGAGGGGAGGGGCACUACGGGAGGAGAAUAAGCAUAAAUAUAACAGGAGCAUAUAAUCACAAGGACACACACUCUCUGCACAUGAACACUCUUUCGCUAAGUGUGAACAUGUAGAGAGGGCGAGCGCUUGUCCACUUCUCUCCUCCUCUCAAACAGAGAAGAGGUACAAUGUGCUAACUGCAGCUAAGGGCUUAAGGUUUGAUUUUCCAAGAUGUCCACUUUGAAAAAUGAUUUAAGAAAAUAAAAGAAAUAUAACAAGAACAAUAUUAGUAAAUAAAGAAAAUGUUGAAAUGUUGA